GCCUUAAUAAGCAUAAACCAUACGGAAGAAAGACCUUUAUACAUAGUCUUCAGAAAUUUAAACACACAAAAAUCUGCUAGAAAUUUAUCCUUUUUUUUUCAUUUGGAAACAGAAAAUAAAUAUGGACUCUUUCUUAAUGUGGCAAUUGCUAUUCUGAAAUUUAAUUAUCUAUUUAUCUCCUCCUUUCCAUUAAUGGUGAAUACAAACUAAUUUCAGCUUUGCCAGUAAAAAGCCACGUGGCGUUAUCUAUCACCGGCCAAAAUCUCCUACAACCUCGGCGACUUGCAUGGUGAAUAUCAACGAGCACCAAAGAAACUACAUUCACUAAACAAACAAAAUACAGCAGAAGGACAAUAAAGAAACAAAAAAAAAAAUAUAUCAAAGUCAGAGGAGAAGAAAGGAGACGACGAGGAAACAAAAACAAAAACAAAGCAACCCUCGUUCUCUUCCGCUUUUCUCUCUUCAUAUCUUUUUGUCUUUAUUUCUACGUUUUCUAAUUAUUUUUUUCUUAUAUACAUUUUAAUAAAUCGUAAAAAAAUGGGUUCGAGUAAACUUAAACGAGCCAUAGGAGCCGUGAAGGACCAAACCAGCGUCGGUCUAGCCAAAGUCAACGGUCGUAGCGCUUCUCUAUCAGAGCUUGACGUAGCCAUCGUCAAAGCGACUCGUCACGAAGAGUACCCCGCGGAAGAAAAAUACAUAAGAGAGAUUCUUAGCCUAACUUCUUACUCACGCAACUACAUCAACGCAUGCGUCAACACGCUUUCUAGACGCCUCAACAAAACCAAAUGCUGGACCGUUGCUCUCAAAACCUUGAUCUUGAUCCAACGUCUCUUAGCAGAAGGAGACAAGGCUUAUGAGCAGGAGAUCUUCUUCGCUACCCGACGUGGGACAAGACUUCUCAACAUGUCUGACUUUAGAGAUGUUUCUAGGUCAAAUUCGUGGGACUAUUCUGCUUUUGUAAGGACCUACGCGUUGUACCUAGAUGAAAGGCUUGAUUUUAGGAUGCAAACGAGGCACGGGAAACGUGGAGUUUACUGCGUUGGAGGAGGAGAUGCGGUGGAAGAUGAGAAAGAUAAGCCUGAAGCUGAUCUCUCCACGGCUAUAGUGGUUAGGUCACAACCCAUCGCAGAGAUGCAAACAGAGAAGAUUUUCACCAGAGUACAGCAUUUACAGCAACUUCUUGACCGUUUCUUGGCUUGUCGUCCAACAGGUGGCGCGAGGAACAACAGAGUUGUGAUUGUGGCUCUGUAUCCUAUAGUGAAGGAGAGCUUCCAGAUAUAUUACGAUGUAACUGAGAUGAUGGGGAUUCUGAUCGAACGGUUCAUGGAGUUAGACAUACCUGAUUCGAUCAAGGUCUAUGACAUUUUCUGUCGGGUCUCAAAACAGUUUGAAGAGCUAGAUCAGUUCUAUUCCUGGUGUAAGAACAUGGGGAUCGCUAGGUCUUCCGAGUAUCCAGAGAUAGAGAAGAUCACACAGAAGAAGCUUGAUCUCAUGGAUGAGUUUAUAAAAGACAAAUCCACUUUAGACCAGACCAAGGAAUCACAAUCUGUUGAAGAGGAUGAUGAUGAGAGAGCAGAGGAGGAAGAAGAUAUGAAUGCUAUCAAGGCCUUACCUGCACCUCCACCAAAAGAAGAGGAAGAGGAAGAAGAACAACCCGAGGAGGAAGUGAUAAUAGAGAAGAAGCAAGAAGAAGUUGGUGAUUUGCUGGAUCUUGUGGAUAUAAACGGUGGUGAAGCUUUAGAAGCUGGAGAUAGCUUAGCAUUGGCUUUAUUCGAUGGCCCUUACGCGAGCGGUUCUGGCUCAGAGACCGGUCCUGGAUGGGAAGCGUUUAAUGAUGAUGGAGCAGAUUGGGAGACAGCUUUGGUGCAAACAGCUACAAAAUUAUCAGGACAAAAGACGGAACUCGGAGGAGGCUUUGAUAUGCUGCUUCUCAACGGAAUGUAUCAGCAUGGCACUGUGAACGCUGCUGUGCAAACCUCCACGGCUUAUGGAGCUAGCGGAAGUGCAAGCAGUAUGGCAUUUGGUUCUGCAGGAAGACCAGCAGCAACCAUGCUGGCACUUCCAGCACCAGCAACGGCUAAUGGAAACAGCAAUGGCACUGUACCAAUGGAUCCAUUUGCAGCGUCCUUGGAGGUUGCGCCGCCAGCGUAUGUGCAGAUGAAUGAUAUGGAGAAGAAACAGAGAAUGUUGAUGGAAGAGCAGAUGAUGUGGGAUCAAUACUCAAGAGAAGGAAGACAAGGACACAUGAAUUUAAGGCAAAACCAAAACAAACCUAGUUACUCCUACACACCUCAAUAUUGAUUCUGCAUCAUGGAAGGAGUUCUUUAGUUGUGUCAGCUUUUUUUUUGGGGUUUAUUCUUUUUGCAAAUUCAAACAUUUCUUCUGUUCUUGGGUCAGAUUCAUUGGGGAGGGGGGCAUAUAAGAGGUUUGCUUCUGUAAUUGUAAUCUCUGAUGUAACUUUACAAGAUAAACUUAAAUACUGUAUUUAAUAUGACUUGAAGGCAUCAACAACUCCUCGUAUCUCUCGGCAUCAUCCUGAGCAUGUAUGUAAUCCAGAUAACUCAAAUGUGGCCAAGAAGGAAGCACAAACACAGUUCAAGAAUCCACGACCAAAGAUGAUGGAUGAUUGGCUGGCAUUGUAGCCAUCUCUUGAAGCUCUUGUUCUGAAUGGUUUAGUUGCGAAUUUCAAACAGUUGCACAUAUUAACCAAAAACUUCGUAAUAUUAUACAAUUGUUUUUCUUCCUCUUUUAAGGUAAUUUUAGUUUUACGUAAUAUA